AGAAAAUUACCGAGAUCAAACCGGACCUGCGCACCCGGAUCACGUCACCCCCAACCAUAAAAGACCGACGCCGCCGCUCCGGACCUGCGCCUCCUCCACUCUCCAGCGCUCUGCCUCUGACCACGCCACCACCGUCCACCAAGAAACACCGCGCGGCAAAUGCCCAACCCCUCCUCCUCGUCCCCGCCACCGGCGCCCGACGCCGCCACUCGGCGCAGGCGGCGGCAGCUCCUACCGCCGCCGUCGUCGUCGUCCUCCUCCUCUGCGGUCCCGACCUCGGCCUCCGGCGCCUCGGCGUCGUCGUCGUCGUCGUCCUCCGCCUCCUCGGGGCUCUCCUUCUCCUUCCCGUCCUUCUCGCCCGCGCCCUCGCCGUUCCACCACCGCUUCCUCUCCCCGCUGCGCGCCUCCGCGGUGCCCUUCUCCUGGGAGCACCGCCCGGGCAUCCCCAAGACCCCCGCGCGCCAGGCGGCGCCACGCGGCAAGGCCAGGGCGGCGGCGCUGCCGCUGCCGCUGCCCCUCCCGCCCUCCCUCCUCUCCAGCAAGGUCGGCGCCGCCGACGGCCCCUUCUCCGCCGCCGCGGCGGACGGCUACAUCGUCGUCCCCGACGACGCCAAGAAUAAGGCGAGGCGGCGCAGGCGGCACCGGCAGCGGCGGCCGCCGGCGCUGGCCGCCACCCUGACCGACUGGCUCGCCGUGCUGAGCCUCUACCGGUCGUGCACCCGCUCCCGCGACUGCCUCGCCGGCACGCCGCCGCCGCGCCGCCCCAGCUCCCCGGCGAAGGCCUUGUGAUCGCGCGCGUUGCAUACUAUACUAGUGAGUUCGCUGAUGCAUCGCGCCUCGCAUGUCUCUGUGUCCGCGUGUGGUGCCGGCGCCGAUUAAGAAUGUGCUUAGGAUUAAUCACGCUUGGCUUGACGCUGUAAUUAAGGUGGCUUGCCGUUUCCCCCAUGUGCGCUUGCUCUGUUUGUUUCCAGGCAAUAAUUGAUUAAUCCCUCCCGCACGGUGAUUACUGACGGACUUGUUGGUGUGCCGGCAGUUGCUUGCUGCUGCUGCUGCUUGCUGGUGAACGGUGAUGUACUGGUGCCGCAUGCUUGUGUCCCACCGUUAAUUCGGUUGUAAGCUUGGUCACUGAUUGGCAGCCAGAGCCGCUGCUACUGUGUUCCAUGGGGGGAAAAUGACAGAAUAAUGUGCCGUUUGUUUGUGGCAAGAUGGGCGUGCUACUGUCCUUCCUCUCACACUGCAUUGCUCACUCUGUGAUUACUCUGUUUUCCACUUUGUAAAUCCAGCAUCAUUUGGCUAAGGCCAAUUUCAGUGGGA